AUGGAUACUACUGUCGGUCCCGAGGCAUUCGUCAUACUCCUCGACCCAGAUCCUGUCAUUUUUGCGCAAAAUCGAAGACACGUUGCGAUAAGAAGUGGCCCAAGUGCUCGAGAUGCAUCGCCAAGGGCACUGAAUGCCAACCAAGAGAUUGCAGAGCUUGAACGCGAAUAUCUCAACUUGGAUGUACCAGAGAACGACCUCGCGGCAUUUUCGAAUCUCCAAACAAGCGGGACCAACCAAUAUCCCUGGACCGGGGGUUCUCUUGUCUUGUCUCCGAUUGACCAGGAAUUUCAAUUUAACCUUCCUAUCGCUGCCAAUUGGUCGAUGCCAGCAUCCCCGACGCCCAACCCCCACUCACUCACUAAAAGACCAAAGGUCAACGUUGCAAUAGAGCGAACUGCCAAGCUCCUAUUACAUACGCUAAAAUCCUAUGUUUUGACAAUGCUGCGCCACAACUCUCUUCCACCGUUUAUCCAUCCAUCCUUAGUGUAUGCUGAGUUUUCUAUGGAACCACUGGUCAACUGCAUCAAUUUAGUACAUAUGAUCAGUGGGGAGAUGAAAGGAAAUCGAAAGCUGUUCUGGAGAAAUGUGCGCAUGGAAUGUGCACGAUUGUGCAAUGAGGGUCCGACACUGUCGAAAUGGGAGUUACUUGCUGCUAUGCAAGCCCUAGCUAUCUACAUCAUUAUCCGGCUUGACGACGGUGAGACGGAGUACAAUGGCUUCGAUACACUUCUAAUUGCAGCAGUGACAGUUGUUGCUCAAAACCUAACUAAAAGAGACAUUGCGGGAAAAUUUAGUCUCGACGGAAGUUGGAAAGAUUGGCUUUUUGAGGAAUCAAGACGAAGAUUAUCUAUUAUUUACAAAGUCUUCAACAUGUUGCUCUACUUUGAGCCCGCAACAAUGUGCAAUCUUCCAACGGAUCUGGUUCUCGCGCCCCUGCCGGCAAAGAAACAACUUUGGGAAGCAGAAAAUGAGGCUACGUGGAAGUCAGAAAGCCGAAGAGAAGGCGAAGUCCAGACUGAAUUUGGUUUGACUGGCAGCGGGGAUUUGGUCAAACUUGGUGAGAAUCAUCGUGGGACAGUGAUGGUUCAUACAUCUAUUACCGAGAACAAUCCAGCGAGGACUACUGCAAGUUGGGAGGAGUGGUGCGAGGGAAUGGAUGGGUUUGGUGGGCUUGUUAUGCUUGCUGCUUCUAUGGUGAGUGAUCAUGAGAUCUUUGAACUAACAGGGCUAGCAUCUGACGCGAUCCACCGUCGUCGAAGCUCAACCGACUCAACGGAUGCACCUACAUCCACUGAUCCCCCUAGCGCAGCAAAACCUCCCGAGCAAGAGCCCAUGAAUCAAAAUCCCGAUUCUGCUCAGCCUAAAUCUUACGCUAAUGAGGCAUUCGCCGGUACAGCGAAUGAGAAUGUUGUGCCUCCGAAGAAACACCACCUUUGGGGAUGGCCACACCACCAGGGAAAACCUUCCGAGACAAACCAAAACCAGCAACCUAGUCAGAAGCAAGGAGAUACUGACUGGGUUGUUGGCACGUAG